CGCUCCAGUCUACCCAAAAUUCCAACUCAAGAGAUAUUCCAUUGUUUACCAACUCCCGGCCCGGAUUUCGAUUCCACGGUAAACAUACAUUGAAUCUCACAACCGAGCUCGCUUGCCCGACGCCCCGUAUACGGCUACGGUUGAUUGUUUUCUGAAGGGCGCCGUUUGCCGGAGAUUGCGUUUCUUCGCUCCCGCGGGCCUGGAGAAGAGCUGCCAGCAGAAUGGCGGCCAACGACUAUUACAAUCAAAAACCGCUACCCGAUGCGACCAAUCCUCCAUAUCAGGGAUACUACAGCGGGUACCCGGCACAAUCCACAUCUUCCACUCCCGCUCCCCCUUACAGCUCGCAACCACAUCUCGCCCCAGGAGAUCGGCCGUCGCAAGGACUGUCUCCUUCGCCCUUCGAGACCGUCUUUGAUGAUCAUGUGUACCCGGCGAGCACACAUCAGCCCACGCCAGCCUCGAGCAUGCACCGAUUAAGCCAUCAAGACACGGGCUACCACGGCCACGCGCCCGUCUCGCCCGACGACACGGUGUACAACAGGCCCACCGACGAUAUUCCCCUCCAAGAUCGCCCCCAGCGACAACCUCCAAAAGACGGCGAGAUGCAAGACCACGUCUAUGACGCGUCGCAAACCAAGCGCACGCGCCGGGGCCGUGUGCGCUUCGGCGAGCUGGGAAUGCUAGGGUCAGGCCGUAAAAAGAUUCCCUUUGUGGUCUAUUUCUUCACCAUCGUCCAGAUUGCCGUCUUCAUCGGCGAGCUUGUCAAGAACUCCAUGGAAACUGGUUCCCCCAUCAUGACCCAACCCUCCUUCAAUCCCAUGAUCGGGCCCUCGCCCUACGUCCUCGUCAACAUGGGCGCGCGCUUCGUCCCGUGCAUGCACAACGUCGCCGGUAUUCAAAACGCCAACAGGACCAUCCCCUGGCCCUGCCCGAGCUCCAAGUCCCUCAACUCGGACCUCCCAGAAAACAAGUGCACGCUUUCCCAGCUCUGCGGCUUCGGUGGCGUCCCGGAGCCCGCCUACAGCCCCGGCACGCCGCUCGACACCAAGCCGGAACCCAACCAGUGGUUUCGCUUCAUCGUUCCCAUCUUCAUGCACGCGGGGUUGAUCCACAUCGGCUUCAACAUGCUGCUGCAGCUCACCCUCGGCCGCGACAUGGAGAAGUCGAUCGGCUCCAUCCGCUUCUUCCUCGUCUACAUGUCGGCCGGCAUAUUCGGUUUCGUCAUGGGCGGCAACUUCGCCGCGACGGGGAUCGCGUCCACGGGCGCCUCUGGCUCCCUGUUCGGGGUUAUUGCCCUUACCCUGCUCGACCUGCUGUAUUCAUGGAAAGACCGCGUGAACCCGGUCAAGGAUCUGGCCUUCAUCAUCCUCGACGUGGUGAUCUCCUUUGUCUUGGGCCUGCUCCCCGGCCUGGACAACUUCUCGCACAUUGGCGGUUUUUUGAUGGGGCUUGGGCUGGGCGUGUGUGUUCUGCACUCGCCCAACUCGCUGCGCAGGCGAAUUGGUGAUGACGAUGCGCCGUAUGCGAGCGAGCGUAUCAGCGGGGGCUUCGCGGCGCAAGGGACGCCGCCGUCCUUCUUGAAGAAUCCGGUGGGGUUCUUCAAGGGGCGGAAACCACUUUGGUGGGCGUGGUGGCUAAUUCGGGCGGGCGCGUUGGCGUUGGUGACAGUUGUGUUUAUUCUCCUGUUGAAUAACUUCUAUGUUACCCGCGCGACAUGUGGGUGGUGCAAGUAUUUGAGUUGCUUGCCUGUUAGCAAUUGGUGCGAUAUAGGGAAUCUGCAGCUCUGAGCUCCCUGGCGGCAUGCCCUGGGAAGGGGCGUGUUAUAACCAUGGUGGCUCGCUGGUAUGGCCGCACACACUGCGGCUGCUACCAAGCCAGGAAUACUCCUCCGAGUUGGCUGGCUAAAGGGAAACGAU